UGCACGAGUACGUGGACAAGAUUUCUACAAGCAAAAUGGCCGACAUCAUGAAAGUUUUCCUGCUAGCUCUUGCUGCUUUUGUUGACGCUGAAAACCAUAUGACCAGACGUUCAAAUUGUGAGCCACUGCUACAGUGUGAGACGACCGUGUACCAAGUAAACACCACACACCCUUUCCCUUACGCUAACCCAGCUUUUGAAUCAGCAUGCUCAGCCCUUGAAGCGUUUACAAGUUGUGUUGAGAACACAAAAGCUCAAUGUGACAAUGCGACAACAGUAAAAGACAGAGUAAACAAAGUGCUUCUCAUGACUUUGUAUUGUAGCCAAGCCGGAAGAAGAGCUUCUGAUGAAUUUCAAUCACAAAACUGUUCGAGCGACAAAUAUAAACAAGAUAUCCUCUCUACAGCUGUCGACUACUGCACUUUCCAUUUAAGAGAACGCACUACAGCCACCUGUUGCCAUUUGACUACGGUGAGGAACUGUAUGCGAGCUCACGCACAAGGCCUGUGUGACGAAUUUGGCGGGGACGUUUAUGCAACUGGACAAGCAAUCUAUGAAUCAAGUCGGUUCACUGACCUAGUCUGCGAGCUUUGAAAAAAAAAUAUAACUUAAGAAAUAUGUCUUGUUUUUAACAAUCCUUUUAUUAAACAAUAAAUGCAAUAACUUUGAGUUGAAAAAAUAUCUUAGGCUACAUUGAGCGCAAAUAAGUAAAAUAAAACAUGAAUUUACAAUGACAGCGCUGAUGCGAAAAAAUAUCUAAUUAACUAUACUAAUUGUUUUAAUCAAAUUUAUU